UCACAUUCCAUUCUUCUUGACAGGUAGAAUGUGUGUAAAGUGAAAAAUUUUUGUAAACAUUUUGCCCAAUCGACGACAUCAAAAGUUUAAUUUCAAAGCAAAGAAAGAAACACUCAAAAAUCUGUCCUCCUUCGCCCAGAAGUGAAGAUCAUUAACUUCUGAACAACACAAUGGACAAUAAAAAGGAUAUUUACAAUUUGUGGGUGCAAUAUACAACAAAAAAUGACGAAUCUUAUUUUCGGGAAUUCAUUGAACGUUUUGUGACAAUCUGGAGGAAUCAAAUCACCAUCGAUCUGGAAGAGUGUCAGCGAUGGGAUGAAGUUAAACCGGACAGUGGGCCGCAUUUGGGUCGACUGCCCGAUGAAUUGUUGCCGGCAAUUGGUAAAUUUAUUAUAAUUGCACGGGAUCAAAGUGAACAGGGCGAACUCAGUGAGAAUUCACUUAAGGAAAUUGCUAUUCUAAUCGACUGUCUCAUCAUAAUUUGUCGGCACUUCGAGAACAUCUUGGCCGUAAUUAAGUAUGAAUACAAAUCGAAUUUGAUUGCUAUUCUGGGAAAUGUCUUUAAAAAUGCAUCAGAGAAUAAAAAAGCUACCCCUGCUUCUAUACAAGUAUUCAAGAGCUUUUCACACUUUCUUGAAGUUAUGUACGAUCCUUACCUGACGUGGCGAAGUUUUCUUAAAGGAAUCAUCGCCGAUUAUCAACAGUUAUCAUAUAAACCACAUUCCGUUCAUGUAGAAAUUAUACCUUUUAUUUAUGAUUGUUUUCAAAACGACGAUAUUAUGAGAUUCUAUCAAAUUGGGGAAUCUCUAAUUCACAUUCUUGGAGCUGUUGUAUCCGGAUCACAGAAAUCCUUAACAACUACUCUCAAAAAUAAAUCAGCUUAUAUGUCCUCUUCUUAUGGUGAUGGGAUAGAUAGUUGUGAUCAUUCGCGAAAUGGAAUGCGUGCAAUUUGUCCAGCAACAAUUUCAGUUUUAAUGAAACUCUUCUCCAAGUGGGAAACUGAAAAUGGUCUUCGUAACGUUUCUUUGAAAUGUUGUGCCCUCAUGAUAAUGGUUCUACAACGAUCUAGUCCUGAAGAACGCCAAAUUGAACUGACUACUAUAAUCCAACUUUAUUGUGAUGUCCUCAAUGAACUUUUAAGCACUGAACAAUUCAAAGGCGAAACAUUAUUUGACAUAGCCAUGGAAGAUGAUGAAAACGACGCUAAUAAAGAUUUAGGAGUCGAUGUUAAUGCAUUGUCCGAUACAAUUGCAAACAUUGCAAAUUUCCUAUCCGAUGUUAAAAACUCCAAACAAAUUUGUAUUGCUAUUAUUGAAACGAAUUUAUUAGACUUACUUAUUGGCAUUCCAAAUGAAAUCCAAUUGUGGAAUUUAAAUCACACAAUGAUCUCGUAUAAUACAAUUAGAACUCUUGCGGUUGUGACACAUGCUUCGUUGAAGGCAGCAGAGAUAGUCAGAUCGUGUGAUAAGAUUGAUAAAUUAUUUAAAGGAUUGAAAACUUUAGGUGCUCCAACGGAAAAACUUCUAGAGGCAUGUUUUGGUUUGGCAUUCGAUGAGGAAAGUGAUGCAAUAAUGUUGCCUGAAGUUAUUAAAAAGAUAAUCGAAUGGAUUCCUGAGAUGAAUGAAAGAGAACAAGUAUUUAUUAGUGCAUUGCUUGUUAAAGGAUGUUCAAGUAGUUAUGCCAGAAAAUCAGUUGCAUGUGAGAAUAGAACAAUCAAGGCAGCUUGUGAGUGCCUUCAAUCUUUUGAAAAACUCUCUGAGACUUGCAUACAAAACCUUAUCAAACUCAUAGAGGAACUAUCUAAACUUAGCAUCAUUCCGAUUGAACUUAAACGUGUUAUGUUUUUGCUGAAGAACGAAACUAAAUUUCCACAGUCAAAACAAUUACUACAGACACUCGUCACUAUCUCCCUUCAAAGUUUGACGAAUGGAAACCUGUGCUCACAAUAUUUUAAUUUAGACAACGAUAACGAUGGAAUUAUUGUUCCUGAUAUAAAAAAUUGGACAAUGUCUGGUUCUUAUGGUUUUAUUUAUCAUAUUCUAUUAAAACUAAAUAAUGUUAAUGAUACAACAGAGACAAAUUCUGGAAAAAACUUUCGCAGAAUGUUACUUAACCUUCGGACAAUCAAUAACACAGGCUUUGAAGUUUUUAUUCAAAAUAAUGGAAAUAUAGUUGUGGCAGCUUUAACUCGCAGAGAAUAUCUAACAUCAUCGGUUAUGUCAAAAACCCUGCUCGAUGGACAAUGGCAUUAUGUUACAGUUGCAAUAACCCCUCCGAAACGACCAUUCUCUUAUAGCCAAAUCAAUAUUUUUGUGGAUUUCAUACAAAAGCUAAGUGCAACUUUAAAGGUUCAAGCUGUAAAUGAGCCAUUUGUUUUUUGUGCCAUUGGAUCAAACCAGUUGCCAUCAAGACUUAGUGAACCUCAACAAACAGAUCGACUAAGUCGAUCAGCAUCUCAAGAAACCUCGUCACCAUCACCCUAUCGAGGCAUGUUACCAAGCAUACUCGAAAGAACUCUAUCCACAAAUGUUUCAAAUUAUUUCACCCUUCCUCUGCGAACAAGCACCACAUCAUUCGAUCCGAAUGUGAAAAAUUUCCCAAUUGGUAUGCAAGACACCGUAUUUGGCGAGCAAACCAAUUUGAAUGGACAAAUCGGAUCGGUACUACUCGCCGAACCCACUACCAACCUCAAGACUAUCUUCGAUGGGGCAGCUAAUUUUGCUUCGAUUUUCUCGCAAGACAAUGAACUUUUAGAUCUUACUUCUCGGUUUGUAUUUUGCUUUUCAGCUGGAGCUUAUAGUCAUGAUUAUUGUCCUGACUUGAUACCGAGUGGAAAAUACCCAGGAACCAUUUCCGCUCAACAUUGUCGAAUUAUUAAAAUUCAGGAUACAAUCAAUAGCAUUGGAGGUGUUCAAUCCCUCCUGCCCAUCCUGCAUAGAAUCACCAAAGAAAAAACGGAUUUCUCCCUCUCGACCGAGGAAAGUAGUGAGUCAGAGAAUCUAACCUCGGAAACUGUCAAAACACCAAUAAUGGAAGAGUUUUCCGAUUGGGAAGUUCUUUCGUCCAACUCGUAUACAGAAUGGAAAAUGAUUCAACAUCCAAUUGCGAGUUUUAUGUGUUUCCUUCGCUACAUAAUCCACGAUCAUGAAAACAACCAAGAAAAUCUCCUCAACAGCGAGAGCCUCUCGAUAAUUGGGAUGAUGUUGCAAAAAUGUAGUGCCAAACAAUUCGAUGUCAAUGCCCUGAUGGCAACUCACCUCUUCAUCGAAUCAAUUCAAAAUCAAAAAGUCAGAGCUAAUGUUAAUCUCCUCGAAGCUCUGUACACCGAGAUAGCAUUCAAUUUUGGAAUUUGGUCAAAAAUGCACUUUCAAAUAACUCUGGGCCACGUGCAGUAUUUGAGUGCAAUGAUUAAGAACGAUCGAAAGUAUUUUCGCAAGAAGUUUGGUAUUCAAUUCUUCUUGGAUAUCAUAAGGCAGUAUUAUGGUACCCCAGAGAAUAUUACUGCUGAUGAUGCUGUGACCAUUCGUUCGACUCUGCUGGCAGUCAUUCGAUUCUACAUACAGAAGGAUGUGAAUGUCAAGGAGAUUCAUUGUAUAAUCUCGUUUUUGGCAUCGGUCAAGCAUGAACACAUCUUGAUUGAGUUUUUGGAAAUGAUGAUAUUCCACUUGAAGAGUAAGAACUGCAAGGAUCAGAUGAUUCUGCUGCUGCACGAGCCACAGACUGCGAAUUUGCUUUAUAAUUUAUUUAUCGAAAAGAUUCAUUCAGUCGAGGUUCAGGAAGCUGCUAUUCGGUUUAUUGAUUGUCUCCUCACAUCAUCACGUGUCCAUCAAAAGUACAAACAAAUCAUCCGUCUACAUGAUCCAUCGCUGGAAAGUUCCCUAUUUCCGGGAUUUUUCUCCUUCAUGAUACCAAUGAACCUAAGUUCAACAAUUCUAUUUCACAUGGUCGAUGAGAUUCUAACAUCUGAAACUGACUAUUCGGGAAUAGUUUUUCUGAUCCAUCACAUCUCAUCGUGUGAGUUACCAGUGAAACUAGAAAUAGCCAAAAGGCUGUUGCAAACAACUUUCCUUAAACAAAAUUCAUCACAAUCAAUUGCAAAGCAAUCUGGAUGGCAGGAAUCAAUUGCUAGACUACUGAUACGCAAACCUAUAACCAGUGUUAAGCCAGAUGAAGAGAAACGUAAGAGUUUUGGGAUCAAUUUAAAUGAUGUUCUCCUCGAGGACAAUGCAGAUUUUCUAAAUCAAUCGGAUUUGAUAAGUUUCUGUGAGCAUGCAGUGGAUUUGGAGGAGCUACAGCGAGAUGGUAAAGAUGGAGCUUUGAUUUUGAAUGAAAUUCAAGCUAGUGUCACUGAAGCUGCUAAUGUUAUUGAAAGUGAAAUUAAGGAAUUGGCUGGUUCAGUGUCAGGAGCAGUUGCUGAGAAUAUAGCGAGUGUGUAUUCAGUGAUAAGACAGCGGACAUCUGAAAUCCACGACACAUUUGAAUCGCUAACAAUGGGUGGUCCAUUAGAACAUGGUGGCGGUGGUGGAGGAGUAGGAGGGGAAGGAGGACGAGAAGGGAUGCUGACAAGACAACGAACUUCAUCAAAUAGUUCAGCUAGUUCAUCUCAAUCACCGAAUAGCAGUGCCAAAAACAAAGACUCCAUGGAUGUCGCUGGAUUUGAUUUCUCUCCUGAAGCUGACGUAGAUAUGGAAGAGCAAUUAGUGUACCUAGUCACAAAUAUUUUGUUUUCCAUCUUCUGGAAGGGAGUCAGUAACGAGAAUCCACAAUGUUGGAAGGAACGAGGUCAAGUAUUAGGUUGCAUUAAUUUGCUAGCGUUGAACAAUGAGCUCAUAGCAUCACACUUAUCUCUGCGACUACGCAUUCUAGAAAUGGCUGUUGAAGCAUCACUCUCUGACCUAGCUGAACAUGGUCAUCAAACUUUAAUCAAUCAAGAAAAUGCAUCGCAAAUCCUUCGCAUGGUCUAUGACCUCGUCGUACUCGGUUCAAAUGAGGAUGAAUCGAAAAAAUGCUCAACAAAACUACUUGAUGGUGUUUUAGCGCUCUUAGACGCUCUCAUGGUAUUCCAACAAUCAACAUCCGACGAUUGGUCGGAUAUGAUACGAUUAUGUUUAGGAUUAUUGCUUAAAUGUUCACAUCAUCCAAAUCCUGGUGUUGUGGCCAUGGCAACAGCAAAAUUACAUGCCAUUCUACAAAGUCGCAAUUCUGAGGACCCAGCUGAAAUGGCAUAUCUUUUGUUUAGUAUUAACAAAGCUCUUGAUGAUGCUAUUGAAGUUGGAAACCCAGAGCAAUAUUCAUUCCUUAUGCCUGUUAUGAAAGCAAUGCUUGAAAAAUGUAAAAGUGUAUUUAAUUUAGAAACAAAUUUACCCGAUCUACCACCAACAUCAUCCGGGCCGGUGUUCUUUAAUGAUUUUCAAAUGUACAGCACUAGCAGAAAGUGGAAGAACUUCAUUGAGAAGAUGAUAAAACCUCUGUUUGACAACUAUCAGCGUGAAAUCGAACAAACUUUAUGGGAACCCAUCAAUCGCUAUUGGGCUGAAUGUUAUGAAGCUUGUAAGGCUGCAUCCAAAAAACGUGGUACAUUUCAAGCUGAAAAUCGUCGUCAUUUCCAGCAAAAAAUUGUAGUGCCAUGGAAAGUGCGUCAAGUAGAAGAAAUGACACGACUUAGCGCCUCAGCACUUCAACAAAAAACCAAGAUAAGCUACAUUAAGAAAAAAUGGAAGACAGCCAAAAGAUUCCUGUAUGGUCCCCGCGGACCCUGGUACACUGGAAAACCAGUAGAAGAAUUUUGGACUCUUUCUAGUCACGAAAAUGUGGCCCGCAUGCGUUUAAAACUUGAACCGCAAUUAUAUCCAAAUAAACAUGAAAAUGCUGCAAACUUAAGAGAUAAUGCUGCUAAUGCUUGUGAUACAAAAGAACUUUCUGAAUUUGAUUCGACAAUUAAAACUGCUGUUGUGAGAGAUUUUCUCGACGAUGAUAAUCCAAUGUUGGAAGAAGAACUUCGAAUAACAAUUGAAGCACAAUCCCAACAGGAUGUUCCAUUGGAAAAAGCUGUGAUCGCUCAGGAGUGUGAACUAAUAACACUUAUGACCAAAGUUAAAGGACGUAUAGAAGUUAAUCAGGCUGUGUUUACAUUUAUUGAUUUAAGUCCACCGACAGAAGAUGGUGAAAAGAAUGAUUUUAGAUUUUCAAUCAAUAAAAUUCGUGAGGUUCAUUUGCGUAAAUACAAUCUACGUCGUAGUGCUUUGGAAAUAUUUUUAGUUGAUCAAACUAGCUAUUUUCUUAACUUCACAACGAAAACAAGAAACAAAGUAUUUACGAAGAUACUUAGUCUACAACCACCAAAUAUCCUUUAUGGUUCGGGUCGUUCGCCUGCUGAACUUCUGAGGUCUUCUGGACUCACUCAAAAGUGGGUUAAUAGGGAGAUUUCAAACUUCGAGUAUCUAAUGUAUCUAAAUACUAUUGCAGGUCGUUCCUAUAAUGAUCUAAGUCAGUAUCCUGUGUUUCCUUGGAUAUUGGCUGACUAUACGAGUGAUAUUCUCGAUCUCACCGAUCCAAAGUCAUUUAGAAAUCUAUCUAAACCAGUGGGAGUGAUAAAUCCGAAAAAUGAAGCUGAAGUUCGAACAAAAUACGACAGCUUUGAGGAUCCAUCUGGUAUGAUACCAAAAUUCCACUAUGGAACGCAUUAUUCCAAUUCAGCUGGGGUAUUGCAUUAUCUUUUGCGUGUGGAACCGUUUACGUCACUUCACAUUGAACUACAAAGUGGGAGAUUUGAUGUUGCAGAUCGUCAGUUUCAUUCAAUUCCACAAACCUGGAAACUUCUUAUGGAUAAUCCAAAUGAUGUGAAAGAAUUGAUUCCGGAGUUUUUCUACUUUCCAGAAUUUCUUAAAAAUAUGAAUAAGUUGGAUUUGGGACAUCUCCAGCUGACAAAAGAAAAAGUUGAUGAUGUGAUUUUACCGCCAUGGGCAACUACACCCGAAGAAUUUAUUGCCAUUCACCGACGUGCUCUGGAAUCAGAAUACGUUUCUCAGAAUCUACAUCAUUGGAUUGAUUUAAUUUUUGGUUAUAAACAAAAAGGUGCCAAAGCCGCAGAAGCCUUAAAUGUCUUCUAUUAUUGUUCUUAUGAAGGUGCUGUUGAUUUAGAUAAAAUCGCUAAUCCCGUCGAACGUGAAGCUGUCGAAGGAAUGAUCAAUAAUUUUGGUCAAGUUCCAUCACAGUUAUUGCGUGAACCUCAUCCGAGACGCCUUACACAAGAUGAAACCUCAUUGAAACUAGUCCGUGCCGAAUUAAAGCGUCCUGACCUCACGCAAUUCCUUGACAAAGUUGUUCAAGUUUAUUGUGAACUUUCAACACCGAAAGAUCCAAUUGUCUUCCUUAGCUCACCUAGAAGCCCGCCGCGGUCAUUUCUACAGCUAAGUCCUGAUGUUUUAGUGAGCAUAUCGAAAUCAAGUAUACUUGGUUGUAAUUCAUGGAUAUCCUUUGAUAAGGAUAGGGGUUUCUUAUUGGAAAUCGAUGCUACCACAACGAACCUUAAAAACCGCAAGCGUAUCUUUGGACCAUAUCAUCCAUCGUACAGCCUUAAUUCACAAAUGUUUGCAGUCAGUACAGAUGGAAAACAUUUAUAUUCCGGUGGAAUUUGGGAUAAUUCAUUGAGAGUCUUUAAUCUGCACAAAGGCAAGACAAUAGCGUCCGUCACAAGACAUUUAGAUAUAAUAACUUGUGUUGCAUUGGACAAUUGUGGAUCCUAUUUGGUGACGGGAUCGAAAGACUGUACCUGUAUUAUAUGGAGCAUUCAAUCAAAUAGUUAUGGACAAACAACUCCAGCUCCUAGUCAAUUGCAUAGUAGUGCCGCACAGUUAAAUACACACAAUACUUUUUCACCAAAACCACUCACGACUCUUUAUGGCCAUGAUGAUGCUAUUUCUAGUGUGGCUAUCUACACCGAAUUGGAUAUGGUUGUAUCGGGAUCUUUGGAUGGUACCGUUAAUGUGUAUACGAUUCAAGAUGGACAAUUUGUGAGAACAUUAAAACCAAUCGGUUGUACGGAAUCAUGUGUCCAAAUAUCAUUUGUAACGUUAUCGUAUCAAGGUCAUAUCGCUUUUAGUGCUUUAGAUGAUACUUCACAUUCGGUGCAUGUUUGUAGCAUCAAUGGCACUAGUCUGGGCUCGAAAUAUGUGUCAGGAAGGGUAACUGGUUUAACUACCGCCUCCGAUUAUUUAGUUGUUGCUGAUGAUGCAGGUGAUAUAACGAUGAGUCGAUUAAAUGGAUUGAAACCAGUAUUUGACAUUCCAUUGCAUAUACCGAUACAGACUGUUGUCGUAACACCUGGCAACACUCAUAUUCUGGCACCGUUACGUGAUGGCCGAUUGGCGGUUAUAGCUGUUUCGACUCCUGUUGCUAACAAGAAACAUUCCGUACUUAAUGUGUAGAAUUAUGCUCCUGUUCCUGUUCCUACUCCUGCUCCUGUUUCCCACACAUAAAUAGUUGUAUCCAUCCCAAACACUUACUACUGACACACGCACCCACUCACAAAAUCCUUGAAUAAGAAAAUUAUUUUGUUAUUUUGACAAAGACGCGAUGACGUGAUGCUAGCGCGAGGAAAGAAUCCCCACAAGGACCAAUUGGAUCUUGUUGCAAACAAACAGUGUGGGGCAUCACUGCGGCAUGCCACAGAAAGUGUCUUCAAUUUAUUUUAUUCUUUUUUUUUUCCUUCCAACCACAAAAUCAUUUGUACGGGAAAGUAAUUUUAAUUUACAAGUUGAUUUCUAGUGUUUCCUUUCUUUUUCACUAUUAUUUUUAUUGUUUAUAUUCAAUUCGUCCUUCAUUUGUUUUAUUUGUUCGUUUGCUAUCAAUCAUCAGUAUAGAAGAAUACUAUUGUCCAUAGGAUGCGCACAGAGUCAUCAUUCCUUGAGAUACAAAAAUAGAUUUCCAAUUUAGUGCUUGUAUCUUAAAAUAAACUUUUUAUAUUAGAUCGAACGAUUUGUAUGUAGAGAUAUAAAAAUUUAUAGAAAAAGAAUAUUAUAAGAAGCGGUAGUUAUGUAGAUUAUGACGUAUGUUUCACAAUCUUAUAUAUGUAGGUAUAAAAUAAACAGUGCCGGAUGAGGACCAAAUAUGUUUUUUUCUUUUUCUAAUCACUAAAUCAAUUUCAUUCAUCAAAACAUCCGAUAAAAUUAUUAUCACUUAACCAUUGGGUUAUUCUUUUUUCGCAGUGCAGAAAUCAAACAUUGCGAUUAUUUAUUUUGUGAUAAUUUGUUUAAAUUUUCAAUUUAAUGAUAAAAAACUGUGUUAGGAGUUUUAUAAUUGUUUUAUUUUAUUUCUUUUUCUUCAACAAAAAAAAAGUAUUAGAUAAAUAUUAGUUUAAGUUAGUCAGAAAAAAAGAAUGUAUUUAUUUUUAAGAACAUUUUAAGCAUUUUAUCUUUAUUUGAUAUUUUUAAUUGUUGUAAUUUUAUGUUGUUUAAGGAAGAUUUAAGACUACGAUUGAUUCAAUGUUAUUUACAAAAUAAAUGUCCAUUAUUUGUAUUUGCUUUUUUUCCUGUAUUAUUCUAGGCUGUAUUUUCCAACUAACUUUUAUGGAACAAAUUUAUAUUUGAUUUUUUUUUGUAAAAUAACGAGCCCUUAAAAAUAAAUUGUCUUCAUACACUUAAGGCUUUUAAAUUAUAAUAAUUAUAAAAUGAAGGCCAAAACCUUUAAUUGUAAACAGUUUUUGGACUCUAAAAUGUAAUUAUUUUAAUUUAUACAAACUUUAAAAUUUCAUCUUACCGAACAAAAAAUUCUCAAGUAUAAAAUAUCUAAAAAUAAUAUUAAAUAAGAUUUGUAUUUGCUUCAAGUCCAGAAAUUAUACACAACAGAUCAUGCGUUAAAUUCACUAGUAAGGAUAUUUUAGUGACUUGUUUAUGAUGGUGGUCUAAUUGAUAAUGCAAAUUUCCGAAAUACAACCAUAAUAAAUGUAUAAAAAAUACAUGAUAAAUGUUUUAUAAUAACGGAAAUAUGCAUAAUAAAUAAACAUUUUGAACAAAAUUCAAUUAAAUUGAACUGAAAAAAAAGAAAACUGUUUGGUUUUGGAUACACAAAAACGGGAUUGGUCUCAAGUUGAUGAAAAUUCAGAUAACUUGAAAUCGUAGAGUGUGCUUAUGUCGACAAAAAAAAAAUUAAAAUUGCCAACACUUGAAGAAAAUCUAAGCAUUUUCAACUCAGUUCAGACCCUCGAGGUUUAAAAAUGGCUUUUUCUGACCGGUGAAAAAUGUACUUUACUAAAAAAAAUAGUGAAGUAGAUUUAAUUGCUUCAAAUUUGUUCACAAACUAAUCUAUAUUUUAAAAUUUUACUUUAUGGGUUUAAUCUAUAAUAUUGACCUUGUCAUAAAAAAGACGGUACUCAAUUACAUACAAAAUUCUUUUGUUUUUAAGAUUUAACAUUAAUUUUUCUGAUACUAUGGACAACAUUAACAUUUUUUAUAAAGUAACAAGAUGGAUUUCUGGCUUUGAGAAAAGUUAUAUACAAUGUAGGUGUUCUUCGUUGAUUUCCAAUCUUUAAUCUUGUAUGUCAACACACUUUGCUCAAAAUAAACCCCUCCCGCCUAACAAAAGGGAUAUAGACCACCGUAAGAUUUGUCGAAUUGAAAAUUGUCACCUCGAAAAUCUUACGAAUAAAAAUGAUUUCAUUCCCAAAAUAAUUUUGUGCAACGAAAAAUAACGUGUUCAACAUCUGGUACAAUUUUGAGAAGAAUCGAAUUGAUAGUUUUUUUACAAAAAAUAAAAACCUAAAAAAAAAUAUUAAUAAAAGUUGGUAAAAAUUGAAUUUUGACUUUAAUAUAUUUUCAAAGCUUUGAGAUAUUGAGACAUCCAGUGAAGGUUAUGAAUAGUACGCAAAUUUGGUAAAAAUUGAUGUUCGGUCCUUGAUAUGUCUCAAAAUAAUUUCAUUCAUCCAAUUUGUAAAAAUUUAAGAAAAGCUACUAAAAUUGGUAAAAAUUUGUUUCGACUAAAAAUCUAUUCAAAAAAACUAGGUUUUCAAGCUAAACUAUUUCGUUAUAUGAAAAAUAUUGUUGGUAAUUUUAUUUUUUUUACGAAUAAUUCAACUGACAACUUUUUUAACCAAACACGAAAACCUACAAAAUUUUAAGCAAGACAAGAGACGGGAUGGAAAGCUAUCAGUGUGGGUCGCAUCCCAGCCUAUGUUUUUUUUCUUUUGGCCCAAUCUUUACACUCUGAAGUUUUGGUAUACCUUAUGGCAAGUUGUAUGUUUUUGUGUUUUAAGUAUUAACUCGUCGGUUUUUUGUAGAAAUCGCAUUUAAACACAUUUUUGAACAACAGUAUUCUAAAAGCCGUUGCAUCUAAAGGCACAACUUUAGGCUUAAACUGCCAGUUUAUUUGCCUUAAGAUCAUAAAACA